AAAAGCCCAUCAAAUGGCACUGACUCAUUUUGCUGAUAUGUAAAUCCACUUCAUCUGGGUAUCAAAGGCUCCCCCUCACUCUGCACAUUUUGUUUAUCGAUAAAUACUUUGACGGGCUUCAGUAAGGACCGACCAUUGCCGAGCAUCAACAUGGGGAAGAUCACCUUCUAUGAGGAGAAGAAAUUCCAGGGCCGCUGCUACAACUGCAGCAGCGACUGCGCAGACCUGCACUCGUAUUUCACCCGCUGCAGCUCUAUCAGGGUGGAGAGUGGUGUUUGGGUGAUCUACGAAAGGCCCAACUACAAGGGCUUUCAGUACAUCCUAUACCCGGGCGAGUAUGCCGACAACCAGCAGUGGAUGGCCUUCAGCGACAGUGUCAAAUCAUGCCGUACUAUUAAGAACGUUUAUGGCAACUGGAAGCUGAGGCUGUACGAGAGGCCAAACUUUGGCGGCCAGAUGGUGGAAUGCACCGAGGACUGCCCCUCGGUGUACGAGACCUACAAGUUUCGCGAGGCUUACUCCUGUGUGGUAACCGAUGGCGCUUGGGUGUUCUACGACCUCCCCAACUAUAGGGGGCACCAGUACCUCCUGGAGCAGGGCGAGUAUCGGCAGCACGCUGACUGGGCGGCCUCCUCUCCUGGCAUAGGUUCCUUCCGCAGGAUCACAGAGUAUUAGUCUACUCUCCCAAUGCAUUAAGCAUCAAUAAAUGAUCAACUAGCA